GGAGACUCCUGGAGAAGUGGCUCAGGUUGGACUCUUUCCAACAGUGUUUAGCUGCUCACACAGUGGAAGGAUUUUGUUAUAAGACCUGUCUGGCUGUAACAGGCAGGACUCCGGGAAGGUGAUGAAGCCUUGGUGCUUUCCUCUCCCUUCAUCAGUACCAGUAUCCCAGACACACCCUUCACUUGGUGGCCGGAGUUGAGGAACUCUUCAAAGAAAGGGCUUGCACACUUUUAAUCUGACUUCUCUAACCAAGUCUGAGAACAUUUUGUCAGCCACACUGUAUUUCUACAUUGGAGAAUUGGUGAACACCAGUGUGAACUGUCCAGAAUCCCAAGGUUGUUCCCAUGACAGCCAGAGACAACACAUCCAGAUAGACCUCUCUGCAUGGACCCUCCAAUCCAACCAAAGCCAGCUCUUGGGUCAUCUGUCAGUAGAUACGGCCAAACCUUAUAGAGACAGCAUGUCUUGGCUGUCAAAAGACAUCACUCAGCUCUUACGGAAGGCCAAGCAAGACGAGGAGUUUCUCAUAGGAUUUAACAUUACCUCCAGAGCACACGAGCUUCCCAAGAGGAUGCUGCUUUUCCCAGAGCCUUAUAUCUUGGUGUAUGCCAACGAUGCCGCCAUUUGUGAGCCUGAAAGCGUGGUAUCUAGCCUACAGAGACACCGCGAUUUCACAGCAGGAACUGUGCCCAGACUGGAUAGCCACGUCAGAGAAGCCCUCUCUGUUGAGAGGAGGAAGAAGCGCUCUACUGGGAUCUUGUUGCCAUUGCAGAACAACGAGCUCCCUGGGGCCGAGUAUCAGUACAAGGAGGCUGGAGUGUGGGAGGAGAGAAAGCCUUACAAGAGCCUUCAGACUCAGCCUCCUGAAAAGAGCCGGAGCAAAAAGAAACAGAGGAAAGGGCCUCAUCAAAAGGGACAGACACUGCAGUUUGAUGAGCAGACACUGAAGAAGGCGAGGCGAAAGCAGUGGAUCGAGCCUCGGAACUGUGCCCGCAGGUACCUUAAAGUGGACUUUGCCGAUAUUGGCUGGAGCGAAUGGAUUAUCUCCCCCAAGUCAUUUGAUGCCUACUAUUGCUCCGGAGCCUGCCAGUUCCCCAUGCCAAAGUCUUUGAAGCCAUCAAAUCACGCCACCAUCCAGAGCAUAGUGAGAGCCGUGGGGGUCGUCUCUGGGAUUCCUGAGCCCUGCUGUGUUCCGGAGAAGAUGUCCUCGCUCAGCAUCUUGUUCUUUGACGAGAACAAGAAUGUGGUCCUCAAAGUCUAUCCUAACAUGACAGUAGACUCUUGUGCUUGUAGAUAACCUAGCAGAGAACACACUCAAACGCUCCAUUCAAUCAUUAAUUGGGUUUUAUGGACUUUUAUUUUUGUCUUUUGCACUGCCAAUGCAUUUUGUCCCAAAAGAUGUUUUAUAGCAGAAAGAAAAUGAACAAAGAGAUCGAAGAUUUCCACCAAACAAAGCCGGACUGUCUUUUUUUUCCCUUCGAAUGUAACUAAAAGUAAGAUUUUGGUAAAUGUGGACGUCUAUUUUGUUUUUUCUUAAUCACAUAACAAAAAUCAUUACUCAAACUGUUUUUAGAAGUGUUAGAGAACACAUCGACUUAUUUUUGUAUUGGGCUUUAAGACUAGGCGGGAAGGGACAGCAAUAACUUAUCAUUUGCGCUACUCACAUAAAGACUAAAGGGAAGCAGAUAGAAUUCUUGGGAUGCUUUCACUAGGUUUCUUGCCUUAGGCUCCUGAGAAGCGAGCAACCGCUAAAUGCCCAUCUGACUUUGGUGUUCAAGGGGAAGGUUUCUGAGACUUGUUUAUCCUCCAUUUUUCUCCACAAUCACCAUGUGAGCCAAGCUAGUGUGCAGAGGGCCAGUGUGCCAGCCCGCUGUACCUCUUGUAGGAAAAAAAAAAAAAUGUUUCCUUAAUGUGAUUCGAUGGCUCCAUCCUCACGGCAUUCCUUUGUUGUGUCAAUAUCAUACUCUGGCCAGCGCCAUCCAGUAACGAUGGCAUGAUCCAAGAGCCUGUGCCAAGAGGGACUUGUCACUGACUGGAAUUGCAGAUGCUUUCAUUGCCUUGACUCCCAGAAGAAGAGAGCCAGAGGCUUCAUCUUUGAAACUCCAGUUGUAGUUUUUUCUGUAUCUCUCUGUUUUUUGUUUUUGUUUUUCCCCUACACAUAACAUCAUUUGCUCUAAGCUAAUUUAGGAAGUGCUUCCUGAAGUUAUUGGCUUUCCAGUUUUCUUACUAUUAUGCUAUGUCUUCAUGUGACGUUGUUCAUAGAUGUUGGGGUUCACAAGCUGUUCUUAGAAAUGACCGGUCGAAUUGCUCUCUUGUGGUGAAUAUCAUGUUCCACAGCUACGUCUAGUCUCUUCUGCACAGAGAUCAAGAUACUGUCCUCAGUCAUGGAGCCUCUCCUCCAUCAAGGCUUGCUGAAAAUUAUUCACUAGGAAAGAGAGUCAACCUGGACACCCUUUAUUUCUAUUUCCACUUGCCAUAAGUACGCCAUCUUUGAUUUCUCCCUUUGAAAGUUGUUUAUCUCAGUGGGUAACGGUACUUGCUACCCAACCAUUCCUGGACCCCACAUGGUGGAAGGAGAGAACCAGCUCCCACAAAUUAUCCUUUGACCUCUACACACACACACACAGACACACACGCACACACAUAUACACUCACACACACACACACACACACACACACACACACACUGAAAACCUUUAAAGAUCUUUUGGUAAAUGCGAUUACUUGAAAGAUAGAAGUGAUUUCAGGUUGUGGAGAGCUGGUGGCUUUGUCUCUGAGGACACUUCUGAUCUUAGGUCACUCUGACACAAUGAUUAGAUAUAAUGUGAUGGUUAGGUAUAAGUACUUCAUUUCAGAGCCUGUAUGAGAUCAAAACAUGGGUUUCUUUUUUCCUAUCUCUGCCUGUAGCUGUCUACAGCUGCCCAGUCAUUAUGAAACACUGGUUGAGUGUGCAAUGCUGCAACCUGCAUGAGUAAAGCAGGAGGCUGAUGGGUUCAGUGGGAGCUGAAGAUGAUGGUGAACUGUUCCAUACAUCAUCUUUCAGGGGUGAUGAUUAAGCAGAGACGGAGCGACUACAAGUACCUCUGUUCACAAACGAGGUCAACAAAUGCACUGUGCGGUGUUCUACCCCAAGGCUACCACAUAAAAUGGCCAGGCAAGGCUCUUCCCACUUUGAAAGGCCAUACCAUAGUGGGGAAUAGUUCUAACUCUCAAUGAGACACAGAGGGUUUGAAAGACUGAGUUCAAGGACCAAAGUUCCUGGGUUCCUCUGGAUCAUUCCAGAGGAGGAUUGAUUUAACAUAAAGUUGAUUUAACAUAAAGUUGAAUGUGGAUUCAAACUCCAGUGGGGGAAUAAAUCCCAGACAAACUUGAAAUCAGAAUACAGAACAGAAACACCAUGCUUCAUAUUCAUGGGUCUUUCAUCAAAUAAAAUUUGCUUCCCUGAGUAGAUUUGAUGAGACUCUUAAUUUGGCUUUUCCUAACGAUAUACCAGCCCCAAACCGAAGCAAUUCUUUGUUUCACUUCUCAGCUUUUUAUAUUCAUAUUUCUGUUGCCUUUUAAAAUAAAUCAAUUCCUACUUUUUUGGUGUGUGUAUUAAACCUGCAGUGUGGUCAAGUCUUCUUGAUGCUAAAAGUUCUCGAGUGCUGACUAAUUAAUGUUGCGUUUUGAUGAGUGGCUAGCAUGCUGAAAGCAGCGUACGUUGAGCUGUGACAACUUCUUGGCAAUGUGGCAGAUAGAGGUCACUGACUGCUCUAAAUGGCUGCCGGCCAACCUCGGCGUGUUCUAAGUCGGAGGUACAGUGACAUACAUGUACAUGGGAAAAGAAUGACUCCUAGCAGAGGGAAUUAAAGUAAAUUGGCCAGCGUUUUAAUUGAUAAGACUUUAUUUAAGUGCAAUAUUAAAUAAGUGCCUAGUUUGCAAUGUGUUGGGUACAAAUUUCCAUACAAGAUCUUAAGAACUCUCCCAUACAGUUUUGGGGUUGAUGGGGAAAAGCAUUACAUUUUGAAAUGCUAUUUCCUAAAUAAAAUCAUCUUGCCUUAUCUCUAUUUCUGUCUCUCUCCCUUCUCAACAUCAUUCUUCCUGUAUUCUCUCUCAAACCAUGUCCUAGACAUUCUUACAUACACACACACAGACACACACACACACACACACACACACACACACACACAACACAGAGAGAGACAGACAGAGACAGAGACAGAGACAGAGAGACAGAGAGAGACAGAGAAGCAGACAGACAGAUAGAGUGAGACAGAAACUGUGACCAAGACAGAAACAGAGACAGAGACAGACAGACAGUCAAACACACAUUUAAGAAAAUAAUUCUUUUUUUUUAAAGUCUACAAAAGUCCCACUGAGUUGGUUUAUUCUGACCAUUUAUUCCUAGGCAUAGAACUUACCAUGAAAUGUGGUUAAUAAACCCAGUAACACUCGAUUGGAGCAAACUAAUUUUUCCUCUGCAGGCGGGUAUAAAUUGCAGGCAGGUUCUUGGUUAGGGGAGAAUCUCAUGUCCACUUCCCAUUUGCAGCAGACUCCGUCUGACUCAAAUCUAUGCAUUCUUUUCCUGAUAACUGUCUUCUGGAAUUCCAGCUGAGGGAAUUCCCUGUAGCCAUGCAGUAUUUUAAGAAUUCUUCAUUGUAACCUGUGUGAAUAAUAUAUAAUUUAAGGAACUUAAUGUUGUAGAACGAAACUGGAAGAUUGAAUGCCUGGACCUCAGGAUUGCAGUAUUCCAGGUUAAAUCCUACCCUACCUAGCUACGUAUUAGCCGAUGGUCAUUUAUUCACUAAGGUAAUGUUUUACUAUCUCUGUAUAAAACUUGUAUUACCCAUUUAAUAUUUCAUAAAAAAUCAUGAGUAACAAUGUCACCAGCCUGACUUAUACAAUGUUUAUGUAACUACACUAUUCAGUUAAUCUUGAAGCUUUACAUUUUCUCUGUGCUACCGAGUAGCAAACGUCUAAACAUGAUGAAUCAAGGUUGGUCUAGAAAAUAGCUAUGCAUUCCUGACGCAUAGGAUGAAUAAACAACUAAGUAAGAAAUCCGGGGCAAAUCUGAUUUCUCAGUAUUUUAAUGUAGCUUUUGAGUGAUAAAAUGAUUCCCCUUUCUAAAGACAAAACUUUCCCUUCAGCUUUUCACACAAGUUUCUGUAAAUGUAUUAGUUGGAAAUUUAAUGCUUGUACAGUCAAUGGCAAUUGGAAUAUAUAUUAUAUGUAUAUGGAAAAAGUUUAAAGAUGCUUUUAAUUUAUUUAAUGACUGUUGCCUUUCUAUAUUGGUAAUGAUUUUCUUCCGUACUAGGUGAGAAAAAAGUCUUUUCUUUACCAUCGUUCCUAGAGAGGACAUGACAUUUAGUUCCUUAGUCAAGGCCAUCCCAAGGCCGUGGCAGUGUAACUGUGAAGGGACCUUCACCACCGACGUGUUACGCUUUAUUGAACUUGUGUCAUUUUCCUCCAGUAACAAAGACCUCUCAUCCUAUAUUGCAAAAAUAAAAACUGCUUAAUUGAU